UUAUAUUGAUUAUGUUAAUUUGUUAUCAAACUUGUUUACAAAGUGAUAAAGAAUUGUUCUAUUUUGUUUUUGUUUUGGAUUACCUUAGGGUAGGAGCGGAAAGCCCUUGCAGCGAUAUGAAGCGUGCAGCUGCCAAGAAGCUUAUUGAAAGGUACUUUUAUCAACUUACCGAAGGAUGUGGUAAUCCUCAAUGUAGUAACCAAAACUGCGCAUCCAGUGGGAAAAUUACUAAUCUUACACCAAAUCAAGCAGCAGCUCAAGCCAUUCAGUUGUUCUCUCAAGAAGCUCGAUUAUGCGACGGUACUCAACCGAGUAAAGUUGCUAGAACUACUUUGGAACCUGGACCUGCAUCUUUGGCUAAAAGUCUACCUGUUAAAAAUGUAAAUCCUACUUGCUCGGAUGAAGGGAAAUCAGAACCAUAUCUAACCGAAGCCAAACUUCUGGAUAUAAUAAAUAAAUGUAAAUCGGAAAGGGCAUAUUCGUUAUUGAUACGUACUUUGGGAAAAGUAUUUUCUUCUAGAGAAGCAUUAAGCCGAAGUUUUCAAAAGACUGAAAAAAAUGAUUCUCCAUUGGCGGCACUUCUUGAUAGAGCACCUGAUAAUCUUUUAAGGCCACCUGCAGAUUUAAACAAAGAGGCUGUACGUUCCUUACAAGGAGAAGAUAAAGAAGAAGACAGUAGCGAUCCAUCUCCAACAGUUCCUCCUAACGACGAUGAUACUAGCGUUGAUUUACUUGCUGUUAGAAGAGCGUUUAAGGCAUUAUGGACACUUCCAGGGAAAGCAUUUGAAUCAGCACUUGUAAAUGCACUAGUCACAUUAGCAGAUACGAUAGAAUUACAUUUAAGAGUAUUUGGAAAAACACCAUCCCAUAGCAUGGACAGUCUUUUAAAUGUAUUCUUAAUUGUAUUUGAAAUACCAAUGUUGGGAAAUAGCGAAUAUCUUGAACUUGCGCUUCAUAUGCUUUGUAAAGCUGUUAGCUGUUUCCCAACAAUAGCUCAAGCGAAAUUAGCACGUGUAUGGGCCAGACACUGUAAGCCUACGUUACCUAAUCUUCUGCAAGCUCUACAAGAAUUGAUAACUGUUAAGGUAAUAAGUGGAUCAUUUACACGGGAUUAUUGUGUUCAGGAUGCAGAUACCAUCACUGCUCCUACAAAAGUAAUGAGGAUUCUUUAUUAUGCUAGUAUGUUAGCAGGAGAAUUAGAUAGUAGUGAAUUGGCGACAAGCGAAGAUGGUGAUACAACAAAAAUUGACAAAUCGUGUAAAAUGACUUCGCAAAUCCCACAGCACUUUGCGUUUAGCGUAAAGUCUUAUGUUGACACUUUUCAAUUGAUUUGA